AUGGCCAUAAUUCCAGGGGAUGAUACACGCUAUACCCGCUCCCUCCUUUCGUCACCACCGUCCGCUGAAUCCCAAGUUAUCUCACGCACCAUCACCACCCUCCAGCUCCAAUCCCACAUUGAAGGCGGCUAUUUCCACGAAACAGACCGCGAUCCCCUCCUUGUGCCCAACCCCUUCAAAAACCUUCCACACUUGACGAAUGCAACCUCCAAGGACACAUCCGACACCAGGAACGCGUCGACGACCAUCUACUAUUUCUUGAGCCCAAAGAGUCCCGUGGGACGGUUCCACCGCAACAGGGGCCGGACAGUGCACACCUUGCACUGGGGCCGAGGGCGCUAUGUCAUCCUGCAUUUCGACCAGAGGGAUCCUGCGAGCGGCGAGGCUCCCAUCGAGACCUUUGUCGUGGGAAAGGACAUUGGGAAGGGAGAAAAGGUGCAGUGGAUCGUCGAGGGUGGGAAGUUCAAGGCGAGCUUUCUGCUCCCCGACGAGGAGGGGGGUGACGCAAGCCAGCAAGGGCUGUUGAUCAGCGAGACGGUGGUCCCGGGCUUCGAGUACGCGGACCACGACUUUAUGACUGCGGAGCACAUGGCUGAGGCCCUGGGUAAGGAACACAGAGAGGAACUGCAGUGGUUGUUGAACACGGACGAACAGCGUCGCCUGGAAAGUGUACUGACGGGAACGGGCAAACAGUAG